AUGUCUUUCUCCGGCCGUCGCGUGAGUAUUUUGCGCCCGGGAAACCGUCGGUUUUCCCUGGGCAAGGAAUUGUCCGAGAACGAGCUCCGAUCGGAAACCCACCGUCAAUUCCGUAGCGCCCAUGAGGGUCACCGUCCCCAUGCUGGUCUCGAUGCUUCUCGUGCCUCCACGGGUGUCGUCUGGUGUACAGAGCGUGCUACCGAACAUGGUUAUGCAGAGGAUCCCUCUGCCUGGGCCAAUUUGGGCCAGGGUGCGCCCGAGGCCGACGAUGAGAUUGAAGGCAGUUUCCCCCGCCCUACAAGCAUUCCCAUCACCUCCGCCGCUCGCGAAUACGGCCCGACCGCCGGUAUCAAGCCUCUGCGCGCCGCCGUCGCCCGAUUGUACAACGAACACUACCGUCAGGGCAAGGAGAGCCAAUAUACUUGGGAAAAUGUCUGCAUUGUUCCCGGUGGUCGUGCCGGGUUAAUCCGUAUCGCUGCCAUCUUGGGAAACUCCUACCUGUCUUUCCCCAUCCCCGAUUACUCCGCCUAUUCGGAGAUGUUGACUUUGUUCAAGAACAUCGCCCCCAUCCCCAUCCCUCUUGCUGAGGAUGACCACUACCACAUCCACCCUGAUAAGAUCGCCGAGGAAAUCGCCCGUGGUACUUCUGUCUUGUUGACCUCCAACCCUCGUAACCCCACCGGCGACUUCGUUGGAAACGAGGAGCUCGCUCGCAUUCAGGACAUCUGCAGAGAUCGCGCGACAUUGAUUCUCGACGAGUUCUACGGUGGUUACAACUAUACCACCGACUGCGACGGAACCACGAUCAGCGGUGCUGAGCAUGUGGUGGACGUCAACCAAGAUGAUGUGUUGCUGAUUGACGGUCUCACCAAGCGUUUCCGCCUUCCGGGCUGGCGUAUCGCCUGGGUUGUUGGUCCCAAGGAGUUCGUUGAUGCUCUGGGCUCGGCCGGUUCUUACUUGGACGGCGGUGCCAACGUGCCCUUCCAGGAGGCCGCCAUUCCCAUGCUCGAGCCUUCUUUGGUGAGAGCCGAGAUGAAGGCGUUGCAAACUCAUUUCCGUGAGAAAAGAGACUUUGUUCUCCAGCGCCUGCACGAGAUUGGCUUCCGCGUGAAGGAUGUUCCUCAGGCCACCUUCUACAUCUGGCUUGAUCUCACCUCUCUGGAGCCUCCUCUUCCGAAGGAGGCCAACAUCUCUGACGGAUUGAACUUCUUCAAUGCCCUCUUGACCGAGAAAGUCAUUGUGGUUCCUGGUAUCUUCUUCGACUUGAACCCUGCUAAGAGAAGAGACCUCUUCGACAGUCCCUGCCACCACUUCGUUCGUCUGAGCUACGGCCCCAAAAUGGAGGUUUUGAAGAUGGGUCUGGACGGUAUCGAGAGGGUCAUCCGCCGUGCUCGUGCCCAAUUCGAGCCCAGGCCGGAGGAUGAAGUCGCCAGCGGCGCAGGGGCUAAUGAUGCGCAAUAUGAUGUGUGCGCGAUUAUGGCCCUCAACCUCGAGCGCUUCUUCAACUUGACAUUCUUUACCUUCCUCUCGGCGAUCCUCUUCUUUCUUAUCAUCCUUACUCCGGCCGAUGCGAUCUAUCAGUGCUACAUCACCCGCCGCCUGACGAACAUCUUCAUAAUCACGGGCGGCUAUGUUGUGACGUUCAUUCUUGCGAUCCUGAUUUAUGCCACGCGUCUGUACACCAACAGGACUGUUCUCUCUGGAAUUCCCAAAGCCUGGAUUCCAGUGGAAAAGGAAGAUGUCGGCAAGAGCGUGCGACGACUGGUGAAGCAGGGGCUAGCGCACAGCGCAAUCAUUGCCUACCAAGCCCGACCGCGGGACCUCGCCGCAGACGGGGAUAGCUUUGCGGAUUAUGAGUCGUUGCGGAUUGACCGCGAACAUCCGCCCUGGGGACAAAUCGAGCAUCCUGGAUGGUCGUCUCCGUCAUGCGCGGAUCUGCCUGACCUCUCGUACCGGACCGUGAUCCAGGAACUGCCACAUUUGAUCGAAGCCAAAGCCGUCUCGCUGGCUCCUCCCGAUCCGAUCUUCGCCGGGGUUCACCGGUCCCUUCGUGCGCCGUUCUCAGAGACCGAUGAGUCGUUCCCAGAUACUCGAGUGGUGGAAGUCCUGCGGCGACCGGUGUCAAUGGGCCUCCGGGAAUACCUGCAACACCUUGCGUCUCUGGAUGUGAUUCAGCCGCCGGGAGUGGGCGCUGAGUUUAUCGCGCUCUACGAACGUGCCCGCUUUUCGUCGCGGGAACUACAUGAGAACGAGUUUAGGGAGCUGAUGCACGUCUUUGCGGAGCUACUGCGAGGCAUGAGGGGGUUAAAUCCGCAGGUGCUGCUUGAGCUGCAGGAUGGAAGGAGCAGCGUCACGGAGAGUGAAUCCAUUAUUGGGCCGUCGGACGAGGAAGGGGAAACAGAGACUCUGGACUCCUUCCAGGAUAGUGAGAGUGUCUCACGAGGUCGUCGCAGUAGUAGCCUGCGACCUUCGAACGCGUCGUCCUGGGAUGCCCGUUCUACCCGACAUGGUCGCUGGUCGCCUGUCUGGCCGAGACGUCCAGACACGCGUCACACGAUGGAGCCGCCCCGGACACCGUCGAUGCGCUCGUUGAGGCGAUUGCCAUCCAAUGUGUCGGGAAGCUCAGGCGGCAGCGUCAUUCACUUGGUCGAAGCUCGACGACCGACGGACCUGCCGUAUGCCUUUAAUCAUGAGAGUCCGAGGGGAAGCGUUCAACGCCAAUAA